UUUCGCCGAAAUUCCCUUUGUGAUUGUUGUUUAUAUGUAUAUUCGGGAUAUUUAUAAAAUUGUACGUAAAAAUGGAAAAAAUGUUAUCAUGCAUGUUGAAAUUACCAAAGCAGCCAUUUUGGUUACGUUGCUUUCGUUCUCGGCCUUCGUUUGUGACGUGUUUCAUAUCUUGAAAAGAUAGCGCACAUGUAAAUAAAAUUAUGAGAAUUGGGUACUUAAUAUAUUGAUUCAAUAUGGAGCAUGCUCAGAUCCAAAGUACCGAUGGUGCUCAGGUGAUGACCAUCAAUGGCCAACAAUUACAAGUGUUGCAAAUGAACAAUUCGCCACAUGUGAUACAAGGCCCGAAUGGACAACAGAUUGUUGUUCAUGCAAUACCAUCUUCGGGACCAGCUAUACAGGUGGCAACUCCUAAUGGUCAACAGCUGCAACAAUUGCAAGUUGUGCCAAUAUCCAGCCUUCAGGGUGCCAGCAACAAUAUACAGCCAAUGCAGCUGGUGCAGACAGCAGACGGUCAAACAUUCAUAUACCAACCAGCAGCCAGUGCCCAGCCUGCUAUAGAUCAGCAUCAGAUUAUCCAUCAACCAGCUGUUAUUAAUCUGAAUGGAAACCUGGUGCAAGUAGCUGGUGUAGGCAAUACAGUACAACCACAGCAAAUUGUCAAUCAACCAAACAUUGUUAUGAUGGUAAACGGUAACAAUAACAAUAAUGCAGCUGCGGCCGCGGAGGGCGCGAGUUCGUCCGCAGCUGGCUCUGAUGAAGAACCCCUCCUAUAUGUGAACGCGCGACAGUACAAGAGGAUACUGAAGCGACGAGCCGCCAGAGCCAAGCUACAUGAACAGGGCAAGAUACCUAAAGAGAGACCGAAAUACUUACACGAGUCAAGACACAGACACGCUAUGAACAGAAUACGCGGUGAAGGAGGCAGAUUUCAUUCCGGAAGUCGAAAGAACAAUAUGGACGGUUCAAGUCUCUCCCCAGAUAUCAAAAUAUUGGAAGAUUUGAAACCAGAGACAGUGUCCAUCACUAUCAUACAUGAUGAGGAUACCCCAGAAAGGCAACCGAACCAAUGGCGGAGACUUGCUCCACAUCAACCACUCCAGUCCACGUAGCAGAUACAAAUGAAACAAGUGUAAAUGUGACUGAGUUGUGAUGUUCAGUGAAAUGUGGAUGUCCAUAUCAUCUGUGAUCUCCGACUAGACAAGUGUAAGAUGUGUCACUAAUCUGUAUAUGACCUUGAAAUAGAAAUUAGCAGUUAGGCCGUCCAUAUACAAUUAGAAAUGUUCUGAUAUACAUAUAUGUAGUGAUAUGCCAAAUUGGGCCAAAUCAAAUGCAUUGAUUUGGCUAAAUUUGGUGGCUGGUAACAUUGGACAAGGCUUCAGACACUUUACUAGAAUAUGCGCGCGAAAUGGAUAGAAUAAAUAAAUAGAAGAAAUUGAUAUUAAUCUUGAGAGUUUAUGAUCUCUUGGUUUAAAUAUAUUGUAUAUAGUGCAAGCCUGACUCUUUUGAGUUUAUGAAAGUAACUCAUGGAAUUAGGAGUUCAUAUUUAUAAGCUAGUACAUUUGUUGUACUGCCCUAAAGGUGUGUUUAUGAGAAUGGGAACUUAAUAGUACACAGCGAAUUGAUUGGAAAUAAGUUAAAGUUAUGAAUAAAUUAAUAUAAAAAUUGGUAUGAAUUUAUUC